UGAAGUCAGUUUCCGCCCUGCUCACCCGGCUUCGCUCCCUGUGCUGCGAGUCAAGAUGGAGGAGUACGCUCGGGAACCUUGCCCCUGGCGAAUUGUAGAUGACUGCGGCGGCGCCUUCACGAUGGGUACCAUUGGUGGCGGGAUCUUCCAAGCAAUCAAAGGUUUUCGGAAUUCUCCCGUGGGAGUAAACCACAGACUACGAGGGAGUUUGACAGCCAUUAAAACCAGGGCUCCACAGUUGGGAGGUAGCUUUGCAGUUUGGGGAGGUCUGUUCUCCAUGAUUGACUGUAGUAUGGUACAAGUCAGAGGAAAAGAAGACCCCUGGAAUUCCAUCACAAGCGGUGCCUUAACAGGGGCCAUCCUGGCAGCAAGAAAUGGACCAGUGGCCAUGGUUGGCUCAGCCGCGAUGGGUGGCAUUCUCCUAGCUUUAAUCGAAGGAGCUGGUAUCUUGUUGACAAGAUUUGCCUCUUCACAAUUUCCCAAUGGCCCUCAGUUUGUGGAAGACCCUUCCCAGUUGCCUUCGACCCAGUUGCCAUCUUCACCUUUUGGAGACUAUCGGCAGUAUCAGUAGGACUCAUCUCCUGUAUUUUUGUUUUAUUUUGUUUUUUCAACAAAAUGAGCUGCAGUUGAAGGCUUUAAGAAGAUCAAGUUACAUUCUGUUUUUAAUACCGUAGGUGGGACAACUGUGGCCAACUAGGCUAUGAAGAGACAUUUAGCACUUUUUUCUAUUUAAAGGAAUGUGGAGGGGGGAUAGAAGAUACUGCAUUUAUUUAUUCACACUUGGAUUGCAUUUGUGAGCAAAAUAAAUGUCUCAUGUCAUUAAAGGAAAAUAUAGUAAGUGCUUAGAAGAUGAAGGACCAAAGGGCAAAUUACAGUGAAACAUGACCAUCAUUUCCUUGGGGACUUCUCUGCCUGGUUUGAUGUGUGCUCUGACUCAGACAAUAAAAGCUCCUGGAACUUUUCUUUUAAGAUAAGUUGUAGAAUUCUACUUUUCAUACUUCACCUAAUGCAUGUUUUAUAGUAGUCCCUAAUCUCACUUGAAUUAGGUGGAAGAAUUGUCCAGUCAGCACGAUUCCUUUCACAGUGAAACGCUCUGUAGAUUAAGGAUGUACUCAAAUACUUGUCCUUUGAAAGUAAAAUACAGGGUAUGCUGUCUUGGUUUUGAGAGUGCUGGAUACAAGACUGUUACCUUUAGGGCCACUGUGUCUUGAUUCCUGGUCAUGAGAAACCUCCCCAGAAACAACUUGGUUCCAUUAUUCUCAGUUCUAUAUGAGAAUCCAUGCAGGGGAAAGUCUGGUGUUCAUUGUAUGCUUGCAAAUAAAAUACGUGUUGUUUUUAA